ACAGCGAAAAAUUUGGAAAAAAGAAAUGGAAUCCCAAAUUAAUUGUCAAAUUCUUCCUUCGCUACUCUCCUCCUUCGUCGAUACUUUCGUCGAUUUCUCAGUUAGCGGCGGCCUUUUCUUGCCCCCUGAACCUAGCAUAAAUCCGGAUCCGAUUACGAUCCAGAAUUCCAAAAAUCCCAAGGAUUCAUCAGGGUUGCCUCCUUUACAAACUGUAUUUGCACAGCCCGCUCGCCUCAUUGCCAUUGGGGACCUCCAUGGAGACCUUUUAAAGACUAAACAGGCGUUAAGGCUUUCGGGUCUGAUUGACCUGAACGAUCGGUGGUCGGGCGGGUCGAGUACAGUUGUACAGGUGGGGGACAUUCUGGACCGGGGUGGGGAUGAGAUUAAGUUGUUGUAUUUCUUUGAGAAACUGAAGAGGGAGGCUGCGCAAGUUGGUGGGAGGGUUAUUACGAUGAAUGGAAAUCACGAGAUUAUGAAUGUCGACGGGGAUUUUCGGUUUGUGACGCCUCAUGGACUAAAGGAGUUUGAGAAUUGGGCUACGUGGCAACUUGUUGGGAGUUUCAUGAAGACAAUGUGUGGUGGAUUGGAUGAGAAUAUUUUAUUUGAUGAUCCAUUUGAUGGGAUGCCUAAGGAAUUUCGAGGAAUUAAGCCGGAGUUGUUGAAUGGUGUUAGAGCACGAAUGGCUGCGUUGCGACCAAAUGGAUUGAUUGCAAAAAGGUUUUUGUCAAAGAACCAGACAGUUGUGGUUGUUGGGGAUUCUGUAUUUGUCCAUGGAGGGUUAUUGCCGAAGCAUGUCUUUUAUGGAUUGGAGCGUGUAAAUGAGGAGGUGAGGGAUUGGAUUCUUGGGUUAAGGUUGAAAGUGGCGAAUCAGUUGGUGAGGGGGAGAAACUCUAUUGUUUGGUUGAGAAGCUUUUCGAAAGAGUUGGCUAAGGAUUGUGAUUGUUCGACCCUUGAGCAUGCGCUUGAGACUAUUCCUGGAGUGAAGAGGAUGAUCAUGGGUCAUACGAUUCAGGAACGUGGGAUUAAUGGAGUUUGCAGUAACCGAGCCAUAAGAAUCGAUGUGGGAAUGUCGAGGGGGUGUAAUAAUGGAUUACCGGAGGUUCUGGAGAUCAAUGAUAAAUCUGAGGUCAAGAUUUUGACAUCAAAUCCUCUGUAUUGGAAAGGAUAUGAUGCUUCUUUAAAUGCUAAUAAAAAGGAUGGGUUUGGUUCAUUGCUCCCUGAACAAGGAGCAGAACAAGUAGAAGUUAGUGCUUAAUAGAUGUGCUAUCAUCAAUACUUGUCAGCUCUGGAAGUUCUUGGGAUUAUACCUCCAGUCAUUCAAUCUGGCUUUUGAUUACGGGGAACUGAUGUAAUUGUAAUCUUGUAAUCCCUGUCGUCGACCUUUGUUCAAUUGUAAAAUUGCUUUUGCACUUCCAAUUAUAUUUCAAGUGCUUCUAUUCAUCAAAAUUUGAAAAACUAUCAAUAGAUCUUGUUCUGGUUGUGUUUCUU